AUUCUUGCACACCCUUCAAGUCCGGCAAAAGUGGGCAACACCUGACCGUCCUGUUGUUGUUGGCACUGUGGUCUUAGUUGGGCAAGAAAACGUGCCACCUUUAUCGUGGCCUUUAGGGGUCAUAACUGAGGUUUUUCCGGGCAAAGAUAACAUCGUUCGCGUAGCUUUGGUAAAAACGAGAUUCGGCGUCUUUAAGCGACCAAUCGUAAAGUUAUACCCAAUACCAACGCAAUAAGUUAAAUAUUAUUAAAACAAUUUAUUUUACUCUUACUAAUUUCUAUUCUAUACGUCAAGAUAUUUUGUUUAUAACCCGGGUCGAAAAAACUCAUUUAAGUUUUUUGAUUCAGCCAUAAAUACGUAACGAAUUAGGCGCUAUUCUAUAAUCCUCUGUUAACUCUUUACAACUGGCUUGGUUUUCUUUUUCUUUCUUUGAAAGUUCUAAGAACUUCCAAGGCCGGGAGUAUGGUUGAGCCGCUUGGUGUCUCCUCAACAUCAGCUAAGGGCAAGGGUGCGGUUUGCGUAAAAUUAUUCAUCCGACCUUUGUAGCUUAGUUAGGAGAUGCCGCCUCUUUGGAUGUAAUACUGGCCGUUAUGCUCCGUUUGUUCGAAACGGGCAUUCGACUGUCAUUAUUCAUGUAAAAAUUUCUACACGUCAAAAACAUCUUUUACAUUUUCCUGCAAUCAAUCCUAAUUCCCUCUUAAUUUUCUUCCCUUCCUCACCGAUCCUCGCGCCUCAUCCUGCCACAUCGCCCGUGGACGGCAACCGGAGCAUCGCCUGGUAUCCCGGACCUCCUCUGCGGUGUGCGCCUCCUGACUUUGGCUGCAAGAUCGGGCUUCUUAAUACAUGAGAAAGCGUUGAACGCGAGUACACCGUUUUAAACCUCAGUCCCGCAAGUCGUGUUUUGUGUAUUAAAUUACUGAUGAAGAGACACGAUAAUAAUUCUGCAGAUUAUGGAACUCAAAGAAAACAGACGGUCAAUGACUCCAGUGACGAUGCUAUUGAUCUGGAUGAUUUAUUGCCAAAGAUCGGAGAGUUUGGAUUGUAUCAAAAACUACUUCUGUGGCUGGUAUGUUUACCAGCCUGUUUGCCUUGUGGAUUUUGCGCUUUCAACCAAUUAUUUAUGACAGACGUACCUGACCACUGGUGUCGAGUGCCAGAACUAGUCUCAUUAAACUUAACGCAACAGGAAAUAAAAAUACUAUCUAUACCGAAAAUACACAAUACAUCUUUUGAAAAAUGCCUACGAUACGCAGUAAAUUGGUCAACAAUAAAAAGAGCAGACAUUUUUAAUACAUUUAAUGAAUCUUGGCCGGUAGAGCCUUGUUUGGAUGGAUAUGUAUACAAUACUUCAGUAGUAACUUCUUCCAUUGUGAUUGACUUUGAUUUAGUUUGCGAAUAUGAUGUUUAUCCAACGCUUGGAUUAGUAGCACUUAACGUUGGAGGGCCAAUAGGAGUUUAUACUUUUGGAUACUUAAAUGACCGCAUCGGCCGAAAGAAAUCUUUCUUUCUCUGUUUAAGCACAUUGUUACUUGGUAGUAUAAUGACUGCGUACGCACAUGAAUACUGGUUUUGGGUUCUAGCUAGAGUAAUUGUUGGUCUAACUAUCCCUGCAGUAUAUCAAAUACCAUUUAUAAUUUCUCUAGAAUUAGCCGGGCCCAAUUAUCGAUCCUUCGUAACAGUAAUGACUUGCGUAUUUUAUACAUUGGGGUUGAUAUUACUUUCUGGUGUUACAUAUUUGUUACGAGAUUGGAGAUCCUUGGCAUUAGCUACAUGUCCGUUCCUGUUAUAUUAUCUCUAUUGGUUCGUUCUACCGGAAUCACCUAGAUGGCUACUUAUGCGAGAAAGAUUAGAGGAGGCAAAUAACAUACUUAAAACUAUAGCAAAAGUAAACGGAAAUGAAAUGCCACCAGAUUACACACAUAAACUACAGAAACAAGUUUUAGAACUGAAAGAAAAAGGGUGUUCAGAAACUAAAACUGCGAGCGUUCUUGGGCUAUGUAGAACGCCAAAUAUGAGGCUAAAAACUUGCUUAAUUACAUUAAAUUGGUGCGCCUCGGAGAUGGUUUACGUGGGGUUGAGCUAUUACGGACCUGCGAUCGGAGACAAUCAGUACAUGAGCUUCUUCUUAUCGUCAGUCGUGGAAAUACCAAGUUACAUAGUUUGUUGGAUACUUAUGGACCGCAUCGGCAGACGAUGGCCUCUGUGUUUAUCAAUGAUAAUAAGCGAUGCAGUUACUGAAACUCUUAUUCUGUAUUUAAUAUCUAAAUGCUUUAUAUCAGCAUCGUUCUUAAUAAUAUACCCAUACGCAGGCGAAUUAUAUCCGACUGAAUUACGAGGAGUUGGCAUUGGUACGUCUGCAUAUAUUGGAGGCUUGGGGCUCAUAAUUAUACCUUUUAUAAAUUAUUUGGGUUCAAGUAACUUAGUAUUGCCCUUGGUGGUUAUGGGCGCAGUAUCGGUGGUAGGCGGUUUAAGUGCACUACGUUUGCCUGAAACCCUACACUGUCCACUACCUCAAACUGCAGAAGAAGGUGAAGAGUUUGGUAAAGACUGGACGUACGCUGAUUGCCUUAUCUGCGGAGAUCAAAGAAAAGUUGCAGCCACGGAUUCUUAUGAAAAUUUGGACCAACUGGAACUGACCCAAGCUCCUUUGAUGGAGGAUGAAGUACCUGAAAUGAAUGCCACUAGACGACGCAGUUCAAUGCGGAAACUAGUACGACAAACUAGCACUGUUGAGACACAGAAAGAUAUAGAUGGAAAUUUGAAAAUGACUUAUUGGUUUUGAAUAUAAUUAAAUUUGUUUUAUUUUAAAA